AUGAGCACACAAGAUACUCACACAGUGGUGGAAGAGGCGGUGGACCCCGAGAUCGGGAGCUUUGGGUCCCCUGAGGGAAGCACGAAGCUUCGGGAGAUGCGGCCUACUCGGGAGGAGAGCGGGGUGGACGGCCGCCGCCCUGCCUCCCUCCCCAACUGCCACACACCGGCUUUUCGAGGGGCUUGCCGGUCCCGUUUCCCCCCCCUGUGGGCUGGGGGGGUUAUCCCAGCCCCCCUGCAGAAAGCUCAAGAUGAGUGGAGAUUAGGUGGCACGAGACCCCCAAGGCCUACCUUACAAGAUGGCGGCAAUGGCAAGCUAUGCACCAUCACGCCAUCCACCGCGACAACAGACCGCAAAGCAAGUCCGGCGAGACAUGCCGGGUACAGCAUGGAAACAUUACAUGCAGCUACAUCGCAGCUCAGGCUCACAACAAGCGAGGAGGGCUGGUCCAGGCAGAUACAGAGGGGCUCAAGCUGCAACACCCACGGAACCCAGACACCCUGCCAGCCUAACGAAGAGUCCACAUACCGGGAACCUUGCUCUGCCCAUGCAUGA